AUGGAGGGAAAGAAGGAGAACCAGAUAGCACUCAAUAAUGGAAAGGAAGGAAUUCGAAGAUGGACACGUCGCACCCCGCACCCUACAGCCCGCAGCCCGCACCCCGCACCCUACAGUCCGCACCCCGCACUCCACAACUCACAUCCCCCACCACGUACAACCCAAACUCUAAUGAACUACACAACGAACAAUACGCAUGUGAAAACUGAUCUUAAUAAGGUUCGGAUUGAACAUUAUGCAAACAAAAUGUCUCGCAGGGGCAUGUCCUUUGAUCCCGAUAAGAAAGAUUUCUCUUUAACAGCACUGACAGGAGAUGUGAUAAGGGAGAUAAGAGCAAUGUAA